AUGGCCCCAUACCUCGAAGUUUUGCAGGAUGAAAAUGCAAAUGAUUUCUUAAGCUACGAGAAGCCCAAAGUGGCUGACUCGUUUGAUUUUGAGAGAAAAAAUCUGGCUGUGGCCACGGACUUGGUCCGUGCUGCCUUAGUCACCGAGGUCAAUAACAUCGAUCAUGAUGUUUGUGAUGCAGGCGACGAAGACUCGUUUUUCGUUGCUGAUUUGGGUGAAGUUUACCGGUCCUAUCAAUUGUGGAUGGAGAAGCUUCCACAAGUUCAUCCUCACUAUGCUGUGAAAUGCAACACCGAUGUGGAGGUUGUGAAAUUGUUGGGAAGUCUCGGAGUGAACUUCGAUUGUGCCUCAAAAACAGAAAUUGACACUGUUUUGGGAUUAGGGUUCGACUCGCUGAGAAUCGUCUAUGCCAAUCCAUGCAAGACCAAUUCGUUCAUUCGUCAUGCUCGAAAUGUCAACGUCAACUUGACCACGGUCGACAACGGGCAGGAGCUCCACAAGUUGAAGAAGUUCCACCCAGAGUGCGGUAUUUUGAUCCGUAUUGCCACCGAUGAUAGCACUGCUCAGUGCCAGUUGUCGACCAAAUUUGGAUGCUCGCUCAACUGCGCUGUUGAUGAAUUGUUGCCGUUGUGCAAGCUGUUGCAGCUCAACGUUGUUGGUGUAGCUUUCCACGUUGGAUCUGGAGCCAAAGACUUUGAUUCUAUUUACCGUGCAGUGAAGGAGGCGAGAUAUGUGUUUGACAGAGCCGAGCAGUUGGGUAUGCGUAUGACUGUCUUGGAUAUUGGUGGAGGGUUCGAAAGAGAGUCGUUUGACAAGUCGUCGGAAAUGGUCAACUUGUCGCUCAACAAGUUCUUCCCUUCAACUUACACUGAGCAAAAUGGAAUUCGCUUUAUUGCUGAGCCUGGCAGAUUCAUGGUGGCCAACUCGUUUACCUUGGCUACCCAUAUCAUUGCUCGCCGUGACUUGAACGUAGAGGGAAUGGAGGCGAUGAUUUACAUCAACGAUGGAGUUUACGGUAACUUGAACUGUAUCCUCUUUGACCACCAGCAUCCUACAGCCAAGGUCUUGAAGCACGACGGAGAAGUUUACUUUGAGGAUAAUACUAGAACGGAGACUACGGAUGCAAAAAGAAAAGAGUUUUCUUUCUCCAUCUGGGGACCUACUUGUGACGGGUUGGACUGCGUUUCGACCAAGAUGAUUUUGGAUGCAAAUGUUCAGGUGGGCGAUUGGUUGUACUUCAGCAACUUGGGCGCCUACACUUCUGCAGCCACUACGUCGUUCAAUGGGUUCAGCUCACGCGCUAAUGUUAAGUACGUGAUGCUGGCAACUUUGCCAUGA